AUGUGUUUAAAAAAGAAAAAGGAUACAAAAAAGAAAAAUGAAGCUUCUGUAAGGAGUGCCUCACGCCUUGACAAUAAAGAAAAAAAGUUAGUUUCAAAAGAGAUGCAUGCAGUUUAUAAUGAACAUAUGGAAAAAAAACAAUUUGAAUUUAAACCGGCAAAUGUUGAAGAGAUUGAUGCUGUUCUUGCUGAGAUAGAUCAUCAUCACAUAAUCCAUAAAGAGAAUCAUAAAGAACAAAUGGCUGAAAAAGUUUCAGUUAAAUCAAAAAAAACAUUAUCUGGAAAAAGUAGUCGAUGCAGUAGUGCUUUGUCAAAUAAUGUUUCUAUUAAACCUAAACAAGAUAUUAUUAAAGAAGAUUUUGUAAUGGUAAAUGGUUCCAUUAAAUCACAUCAUGAUGAGGAAAAUGAACCUGACACUUCAUGUAACAAUAGUGAGAUUUGUGAAAAAGAAAUUCAAGAAAAACAAAUAGAUCUUUCAUCAGAAUGUUCAUCAGAAUCAAUUAAACAUCAUAAAGUUGAUGUAAAACAUAUAUUAAAUGAAACCACAAAAAUAGAAAAAGAAAUUGAUUCAAUAAAUAAUGAAAUGACACAUAAUGAAGUAACACAUAAUGAAAUGACACAUAGUGAAAUGACACAUAAUGAAAUAACACAUAGUGAAAUAACACAUAGUGAAGUAACAAAUACUGAAACAAAACAUAUGGAGACUAUUGAAAAUAAAAUAGUAAACACUGUAGAAUCACAUGAAAAAUCGGAUGGAAAUCAUGUAGAUAUUCUUCAUCCGGGUAACGAAUUGAAAAGCGAACCAUUGGAAUACAUUCAUGUAUGUAAUGAUGAUUGUAGACAAAUUUGUGGAAAAGAAGAAACAUACUUGGGUUAUUAUAUUCCUGAUAAAGAAUCAGUAGGUGAUAAAACUGAUAUACUUGAAAAUAUUCAUGGAAAAAAAAUUAAGAGUAGUAUUGAAAAUCUUGUAGAAGAAAUUAAAGGUACUAUUAGUACUGUAGAGGAUCUUGUUGGAGAAAAAAAAUUAAAUCAUUUUGAGGAUGAAAAUAACAAUUCUCAUUUAGAUAAUCAUAAACAUAUCCAUUCAAACUCUAAUAAACAUGGUGAAGAAAAUGUCAUUAUGGAAUCAGUUACUAUUAAAAAUAGUACUCACAAUUUAACAACUACAAAUAUAGAAAAUGUUCAUAAAGAAAAUAUUAUAACAACCACAUUUUAUGAAGAAAUUUUAGAACCUAAUGAUGAUGUUUUAAAAAAUCCAUCUAAUGAGUGUAAUAUUUACUACAAUUCUCCUUUAUGUUUUGAAGAUGUUGAACAUACUACUGGAAAAAAGACAAAUUCAAUUAAAAAAUCAAAAACAAAUAGUGAAAUUAGUUUCCAUAACGAAAAAUCUAAUACUCAUCACAAUUCUUCAAAUGAAAUACAUAGUGAAAAUAAGAUAGUUAACCAUUCACAUAAAUCUUCAAUUCAUUCAAAUAUUGAUAGAAAUAUCAUUUCUCCUAAAAAAAAUUCUAUUAAUUACUCUGUAAUUUCAAAUGUUUCAACAAUUUCUAAUUGUUCUGUAGAAAAAGUUCCAUCAAUCAAACCAAGGCAAUCAAAAUCCUUAAAUUAUUCAUCAGCUAAAAAUUCAUCAAAACACUCCAUAAAUGAUAGUGAAAUAAGUAAACAAAUAUAUAAUGAUAAUACAAUUACUCAAAACAGUAAUAAUUUAUCAUUACUUUAUAAAUCAAAAAGAAAAGCUGGAUCAAUAAAAUCAAUUGAUACAACACUUUCAUAUGGUUAUCCAACAAAAAAACAUGUUAUUGAAAAAAAAAAUUAUAAUGAAAUUAAAAAAAUUACCGAAUAUCAAUUAGAUAAUAAAAUGGAUUAUAAUGGUAGAUGUAAUGGAUAUUAUUUAAUUAAACCACAAAUGACUCAAAUUGUAUGCAAAUAUACUGGAGGAGUAAAAAUAAUUAUUGGUGGUAGUCAAAAUAAAUCAGUUAAUGAUAAAAAAAUUAUUCUUUUUGGAACAAAAGGAUCUGGAAAAACAACACUUGUUAAUAAUUAUUGUAACAUACUUUAUGGAGUUGGUCGUGAAUGUAACUUCCGUUUUGUUGUUAAUUCUCCUGAUGAAAUUGAAUCAACAAAAAAUAUUGUAACAUAUGAAUUUAACAAUACAAUUUUAGGACAUAAAUUUACAAUAGUUGAUACUCCAGGAUUUGAUUGUACUAAACCAUCAGCUGAAACAUUUUCCUAUAAGUCACUUUAUGAAAUUUAUUUAAAAAAUUACAUUUCUAAAGCUAAUAGAAUCCUUAUACAUGGAGUCGGUAUUGUUGUAAGAGAUGAAGAUGAUAUAUGGAAUUCCAAAUUUUAUCGUCAGGUAAGUGGAAUUAGAAGAAUAUUUUGUGGAAACUAUGAAAAUAAAAAUUUGUAUCCAAUUGUAACAAAUGCAAAGGCAUUCUCUAAAUUAAAUUACUUUACUGAAAAUCUUCAUGGAGUAUAUGAUCAUAAUGAUUCUACCAAUGAUCACUACAGAAAUGAAAGUAAUAUGAGAAAAAAUACUAAAAGAAGAGCUAAUUGGUAUGCAGAUAUAUUUAGAAUAACAUCAAAUAUAUAUGAAACAAAUUUUGAAGGAAAAAAAACAUUAGAUAAAAUUUAUCUUUUUAAUGAAACAGAAGCUGCUUCUGAUCGAUUAUUUACUACUUUACAAAAUAAUUUACCCAUAUUAUUAAAAAAGAAACAAGGAAGAUUUGAGACAAUUCAUGAAUACUAG